GGACUAUUUACAUCUCUCAUCAACAUCAUUCCGAUAUAAUAAGUAUGUCUUGUAUUUAUCUCUUUUUAUAUUAUAUGAAUCAAGAAACUUUAAAAAUAUUUUUGUAAUGUCUUAGAUAGAUAAAAUUUAGAGAGAGUUUUCAUAUUAGCGACUUGUAUAUGUAUUUUACAAUGCAAGAAAUCUUUGUAAAUGAAAAUGUUGACGUCGCGUAAGAAUUUGACUUAUUUCCGAACAUCUGUAAAUAGGGUAAUAAUGGAGGAAAACUGCUGAAUACUCCAGAAAUUAUAUUUAUCUUUGUGAAAAUUCUCAAUUUUCUGUGUUUACGAAUGACAGAUGGAACUUCCAAUGUUCGUAUCAAAACUUGUAUGUACAGAGAAUCGACUUUAGAUAGUAACUGUGUUGUGAAACGUACAUGGAACUUGUGUCAUGAUGUAGACGAAAUAGACAUAUUGGGGCCACUUCUUUGUGGAAUGACAUGAAGUCACAAACAUUUUUUCAAAAUUCCUAAGUCUGUGUAUUGGGAACAGUCAAAUAAAUAUAAACCACAAUGGAAGCGAGGAACAGUAUGGAGAGAAAGAAAGAGCAGGCCCGAAGAGAACGAGAGAAUCAAGCCCGUUUGUUUAAAGAGGAGCAGAGAAGAAAUGACAUUGUGACCAAUGUUGGUCUUUUCUCUGAGCCAGUGAAAACGACAACCAUUGAUCCAAUAGCAAAGAGAGUUCAAGACACUUUAGGAAAAUGUCGGGUGGAAAACUACCGAGACGCAAUAGGCAUCACCCACCAGCCUGCCACACCUUUGCCAAAAGAUAAGAAGAUGUCAUUUCCAGAUGUGGAAAUAAGGAGACAAGAUAAUAAAACUCAAUCUCAGAAACCAGAGGUAGAGGGAACCAAAAGAUCACUGGAAGAUAAGAUAAAACCCAAAAAUGUUCAUGCAAAGUCGCAUCAAAGUUAUGUAGAGAAACAACGUGGAACCUCGUCACAUGAUCAGGUCCCCUUGUCAGACAAGAAGUCGCAUCAGCAAGUACCAUCCUCGUCCUCCAGUAAAUCGAAAGCAGAUCACAACAACCCAAAAAAGGAACAUCAGUCCCCCAAACUUGUCAAAAAGGAACACAUUACCCCCACAAAGAAUGGCCCAGUCAAUGGUCGUGGGAGUGAAGAAAAGGGCGAGGGAAGUAACAAAAGCAAAGUCCACUCUGUGAAUGGCAUCUCGGCACUGAAACCAAUUAAAAAUCCCAAUCUUCCACCACUACUUAUCAAGGAGGAUCACAGUGUUGAAGAUAUUUUAAAGGAAAUGACACAGUGGCAUCAACCUCACACUGCCAUUCAAACCCCCCACAAAGAUGAAAUGAAGUUUCCAUUUCCAGCUAGUCCACCCACCAGCAAGGCACCCUAUACUGUCAGAAUGAGCGUAAGCAGUACAUCUGAACCUCAAACCCAAAGGAAUCCUGUUGUGGAAGGACCUAGGCGUUCUCCAGUUGUAAAUCAGUCACAUCUCAGAUAUCCAGAAAGAGACAAAGCAGGGGAACCCACUGUGAGAGCUUCGGAUACAGCUGAUUCUAAAUACCCCAAGGUCUCUGUCAGUGGACCAGGCACCAAUGCCCCGACAAAAGAACAGAGGAUGAACUCUGGAGACUCGAGUAGCUCAUCAGAGGAUGAGUCAGACAGCAAUGAUACGGACAGUGAAAGUCAGUCAUCAGAGGAAGAUGAUAAAAGUGAUGACAAUGAGGAGGAGGAUGAAGAAGAAGAGGAGGAGGAAAAGGUUCCAGCUAAACACAAAUCUCCAAUCAAUUCUUCAUUGUCUGAUAAAGGGCAUGACACUUCAAAAAGCUCCACUUGUUCCACAUGGGCAUUAAGUAAUUUCAUCAAAAAUGUGGAAUCUCCCAUCUCGCAGCUUCCUAGUUCCAAUGACAAUUCUAAAUUGUCAGACAAGCCAAACAUGACAAUAUCAGAAAAAGACAAUGAUCAAGUUAUCAGUGACAUGUUGAAUAACAUAGACCAUGCAGGGAGCAUACGAUGGUCACCUGUUUUACCGACGACGAAACACAGACAUACUCAACAAAAAUCACCAUUUAGCAGUUAUAGUGAACAUCAGUCACCUCCAUCAAAAAAUAGCAAUCGGACAUCAGUGAAUGAAAAACUUAAGACCUCCACACCCGAGUCUAAGAGUCGGUUUCGGAAGGAGAAAUCGAGUGGACUAAAUUUAUCUGAUGAAGAUUCACAGAGUGAGAAUGAGGAGAUAGAUGUAGAAUCAGUGACUCCAGGAAAAGAAAUCAUUCCGGAAAUAUUGAGACGAAAUGCUGGGUCAGUGUCCGACACGAAAAAACGCUUAGAGUUUGAGAGAACAGAUAGUGAAUGUGUUAGUCGAGUGACUCCCAGUAGUUUGACUGGAAAGAAAAACACAAGUAAGACCAAAGACAAACGAGACCAAACAAAGUCAGUCAGUAAACGACAAGACAAGGAAAAUAAGGAGAAUAAUGAGAAGGAGAACUGCUGCGAUGAUAUUAAGAAUAUUUUUGAGCAAAUUACAGUGAAUCCACCAUUGUCACCAAUACCUAAUGUUCCAGAAAACUCAAAUCCAAAAUCUUCAAUUCCAGGUUUAACGUAUGAUAAUAGUGGUAAACCCAGAAUUAUUGUUCGUUUCAACCUGUCAUUAUUAGCAAAACCAAUUGACAAAUGCAAUACUUCCCAGAAUUCAUUGUGUUCAAAUUUAAAGGAUAAUAAGAUGUGUUCAGAUAUCAAAAGUGAGGACUUGGCUAGUAAUAGUGACAUGGAUAUAGAUGACGAUAUUGUUGACUCUAAAGUUCUCAUAGAAGAGUGUCCUAAACCAGAAUCCCCACACUGUAAUAUGACAUCAGUGCCAUUUUCAUCACAUUACUCACCUCAUACAAGGAAUGGUGAUAUUACCAGUGUCAAACGUAGAUCGGACUUGGACUUUCAUGAUAAUAGAAAGCGUGCCAGAAGUGAUAGCAAGCGAAACAGUUUAGGGAGUUCUCGAGAGAGAGUAAGUCACUCUGAUAACCAUGAAUGGGACAUGAAACACCCACAGAGGUCAGAGUGCAAAGAACGCAGACACAGUUCAAGUAGUAAUUCUAGUCAGCCCCGAGGCACCAGUAGAUGUACCAAGGAAACCAAAAACCAGAGCACGGAACCAGACAUUACUGCACAACAGAUGCAUGACAAGGAAGAGUUUGAGGUUCCUGGGAAUGGCCCUGACAAUAGUGGUCAGUAUCCGUCGUCAGUGGAAAUGAGCAGUUACUCGCGCGGGGGCGAGGGAGAUGUGGCCCACGUUCCUAGUCCUCAGACACGCAAGUCGGCUAAAGCUACUGAUGAAUGGUGUACCCUUUCCUCGGAUACCUACUUCAGGCAUGCAAGAGAAUUAAAACAUCAGGCUGAUACUAUGAACAGCUCAAGUGACAAGCUUCAAAAAGCGAUGAAGUAUUUAGAGUCCUUUAUAGCAUUUAUCCAGUGCGGAUAUGCCAUGGAGCGAGGCAGCGGAGACCAAUCCAGAAUCUUCAGCACGUAUAGAGAUACAAACAAACUAGUCUCACAUAUAAGCCGAUUGAGAGGAAACCAUGAGUCGAACAACAACACAUCCACAAAAGAGAAAAUUGUAUCAGUAUUGAGUUUUAGAAUCCAAUCCUUGUUGAAUCUGAAGUUGUACAAGAUGAAGAAGAAUGAAACUGAGAGACUAAAGAGGGCAAUAGAGGAUUACAACAAGACUACAGCAAGCAAACCAGCCCCUCCUAUUAGCCAUGCCCCUUCACCUCAUCAGAACAGCUGGAGCAGCCGCUCAAACAGGACCCCCUCCCCAAUGUCCCCUACCCCCUCCCCAGUCGGCAGCACGGGGUCACUGGAAUCCAGGGGCAGUAGUACUGAUCUCACACCCUCUAAACUUCCCAAUGGAAAUGUGCAUAUGUCCUCAGCCUCCAUUACGUACCCUCAGCGCAUACAUUCCAUCACACAACAGUACAUCACGAACACUGGCUACCUUGUGCAGGCUCAUGACUUCUGGGAACAAGCUGACUCUGUCAUGCAGGAGGUUAAAGGGUUCUUUGAAGAUGUGGAGGAACAUUCAGAAGUGCUGACUCUGCUCAGCAGUAUACCAGACUUAAUCUGCUUUCUUCAGAAAGUUGUAGAAAAAUUAAAGGACACUUGAGAUUUCCUGUAGAAAGCAAGAGUUACAAGAUAUCUGAACUGGAGCUCUUCCUGGUGUAACCAGAGUUCUGUGUGUGUGUGUUCCACUAUUCUCGGUAUUCUCUACCAAGCCUCAGCCACUGGGUGUGAGGAUGGCAUGACAUAUUACUUGGUGCUCAAAGGUAAAAGGGUGAAAAGUGGAUUGAAUUCAUACCAGUGAAGGCAGCUAUAACAUGACAGAAUAUAUAUCACAACUGUGCUUUCAAUCAAUUUUGCGAAUAGUCGCCUUUCUCAAAAUGUGAUAUGGAAAAUACGAAGGAGUUUCAAAUCUUUCUUAGUGCAAAUAUCAUGUGCAAAACAAUUAUCAAGAACUUUAUAGUAUAAAUGGUAGAUUAUGUAAAAUCCUGACAUUUGUCGGAGGCAAUUUACGACACAUAUACUUGAAUAUGUUCAUUUAAUCAUUUCCACAUUUUUGGUCUUCCACGGAAGUUUCUACUUUAAAAUGAGUCGAACGCAAUGGGGGCAGGUCCUAGUUCAUAACUGGUUUCGGAUUUUUGAAACAUUUCUCUUUUUGAUGUAUUCAUUUUGUAUGUGUAUGUUGUACUGCAAUGAUCAUGAUGCAGAUUUAUACUGUGUGAAGAUUUGAGAUUUUCCAAAUUUUAAAAGAUGUUGAAUGAAUCAAGUGGAUAGUAUUUAUUUUAAGUUAUGAGAUGUGUAAAUUAUUCAUUUUAUAUACCAUAAACUAGUCAAAAGAUACUACACCAAUUUUAAACCCUAUGUGACUACUUUUUUUGUCAUCUUUUGUCAUUCAUUCCAUGAAUUUAUGGGAAAAUAAUUCCAUGAAUAUUGCCAUGACUUACAUUACCAAAACAAAACUAAAGAAACCUAUUAAAACUGCCAAAAAUUUGAGUACAUAGACAUAUAAUGUUUAGAUCAAUUAAUAAUUAGAGAACCAUAGUUAUCUUUUUAAUUUUUUUUUCCAGUAAAAGUAUUGAAAUGGGUUUCUUCUGUGAAGAUAUCAGUUUCACCUCAUCAAGUGUACUUGAUUACCGUACUUAAGAUUAGAGCAUUUAAGAAAGCAUACAUUCAAUUCAAUUAGUAGCUAGCUGAUGACAAGCUCCCAUUCUUUUAAUAAUCUGGAUUUUAUAAUUGCUGUAUGGCUUCCAGAAGAAUUUCAGAAAUCCAUUUUGUUACAUAUAGCAAGUAAUAACAUGCUAGUAAUCCCUUCAAAUGAUUUAGAGGCAUUCACAUUUCAGCAAUCAGCACAUAUUUAUCAACAGUAUCAAAAUAUUUUCCUUUUUUAAAAAGAAUUCAGCAACAUAUUUUGAAGUGUUAAAGGUUUUGAAAGUUUUUGGAAGUAAAAAAUUGACCAGCAGAAUCUGGUAAUAUUGUAAGGUUUUUCUGUUAAUCAAUUGAUUAAGUAGAUUUGGACCUGAAAGUGUUCUCAGCAUUGUUAACUGUCUGAUAUGUUGUAGUGUUCUAGACAAUAUUUGUCUAUAAGGGACAUGAAAGUGCCCAAUACACAAGUUUGUUGCCUUAACUGCCACAGUUUGGAACAGUGCUACAUCCAGCUGUGGCUAACAGGAAAGUGCUAUGUCUACCACUACCCACGUAAAUUAUUGGUAUCAAAAUGCCUAAAUUAUUUAUAUUAAUUGUGUAUAAGAAGUUUUCAUUCAUAAGGACAGAAAUACAUUAACCUAGAUGUUUUUACAUGUUGGUGAUAUGAAUCUGUUAAUUUUCUGGUUCAGAUUCACAGGAGUGAGCUUUUGUUACCAGCAGUAUCUCCUCGCCAGUGUUUUUAAAUUACAAAUAACUACGAGAUUUGUAUGAAAAGUACAAAGUUCGGAAAGAAGAUAUGAAACCUAUGCUGUUCUGUGAUAUAUGUUCAGCUGUUUUACUGUACGAAAGAUAUUUUUCUUUUGCAAUAUGGUAUAAAACAUAUUUAUUGACUUGAGACUGAAAUGUUGAUAUUGAGACUUUAUUAUUGUGUAUUGUCCCCUGUGGUGUCAUGGAUGGACAGACUGUCUGUGGCCCGGGGUUUCCAGCAUUAUGUGACUAUUGUUCCCAGGUCUGUGGCUUUGGCCUCUCUGCUAUAUAUAUCUAUAUAUAUAUAUAUUUGUUAUGAAGCUGAAAUAUUCUAUAUCAAUUUUAAAAUUUGUUUUGUUUUUAUGGAAUGUGGAAACAUUUUUAAAUUUGGUUCAUGUACACUAUAUAUGUCAAUGUUCUCUGUUUUUGGCAAUAUGAUGACCUUGAUUGCAUUCCCAAUGCACUGCUUGACAGUGACCUUGAUUUAAAGGUCAGAAAGAUAGGGAGAAGUAACAGAUUUUUAAAGAUAUUUUUCAUACAGUUCAGAGUUGCCGCCUAUGUCAAGUUCAUUCCAGUAGGAUCAAAGCUGGGACUUGGUAACUAGAGGACCUUUCAGGGAAAGAUGUCAAACUAUUUCUUACCUGUUAUUAAUGAAUUUUGAUAAACAGUUAUGCAUUCCAGGUUCUGAACAUAUGUAUGUCAUGAUCACAAGUAGCAAUGAAAUCAGAAACUGUAUUUUACUGUUAGGAAAAUUUUGCUUUCUGUUUGAAGGUAUAUAAUACCUAUCAGUAUUGCCAUAAUAUUCUAUCAAGUGCAAAAAAUCAGUUGCACUAUAAAUUAUAAGUAUUACAUUGUAUGACAAAACAUUGUAUACCAUGUCAUUCUUUCUUUCAGUUUCUAGUUUUAAAUUAUUCGUUGUUUGAUCAGUGCUUAAUUUUCUUUCAACUUAGUAAGUACGUAAGUUAUGUCUACUGUUCAUGGAGUAAGUCUUUAAUGAUACAAGAUUCUUCUCAGGUCAUGUUCAAAUGAUUUGUCCUGCACCCCCAUGUACCUGAAUCUCUAGUUAGUGGAAAGAUCUGUUCCACCAAGGUUGUAAAGUGGCAUGUAUAAUGUUAUGUCUGUUUGUCUGCUUCAUUGCCGGUGCUGCCGUGGAUGCAGAUCGGCUCACCGUCAGCUGCUGUGUGACUGGUUGUGUAUGUGGUCAGCUUACUGUUGCCACAUGUGUAUGUCAUCACUUAUCAUUAGGCCAAAUUAUGAAUAUGAAUAUAUGAAUAUUUAUUGUUUAUUAUUAAAAUGACACAAAUGAUGAA